AGAAAUUGGAGGCUGCUGAAACUUACUGAGAGCGCAGAUGGAAGGCAGACCCUAGAUCUAGUGAAACAAGACUCUUCCCGCAUGGUGCUUGGAAAGAAAAGCUAUGCAGAAAAAGACUUACAUUACUUUAAAAACUUGGAACGCUUUCAGUGUCACUGCGCUCACAAAGACGCACAGUUUGCUUUCGGCAGCUUUAACAGCACAUGUUUAAGUCCUACACGACAGCGAGGGCUGAAUAGCUUAGGCUACAUAAAUCAUUGUCGGUGGAGGAAAGAGACGCAGUGGUGGUGACUGGAACAGUUUUACACUGUCGGUUCUUUUCCAUAAUACAGAGAUUCGAAAAAGAACGUAUAACACGUAUCUAACGUUUUAAACGCCUACCAAACGGAUUCCUGUGACUCGGAAUAGACAUCGCCGGUUCGUUCGGCACAUCUCAGGACUGUUUUAUUGACACUGGCAGCCAGAACUGUGAGUCAGAAAUCUGACUUUUCUUUUGAGUGUCGAUCUGAACUGGAGAGAAAGAAGGCGCUAUCUCAUUUAAAUUGUAACGAUGGUACAGAAAACAAGUAACGUGGAGAGCUCCGAGGCAAUGUUCGCGGGAGAGUCGUCCGAUUCCGGAGCAAUGGAUCUGGACAUGGCUUCCUCCCCGAGCCCCGGUUCCACGGCUUCUUCCGCGGGGGACGGAAAACUGAAUCCCGCUUGGUGCAAAACGCCCACUGGUCACAUCAAGAGGCCAAUGAACGCGUUCAUGGUGUGGUCACAGAUUGAAAGGCGUAAAAUUAUGGAGCAAUCGCCAGACAUGCACAACGCGGAGAUAUCCAAGAGACUCGGCAAGCGUUGGAAGCUACUGAAAGACUGCGAUAAGAUCCCCUUCAUACGAGAGGCAGAGCGGCUCAGACUCAAGCACAUGGCCGACUACCCAGACUAUAAGUACCGGCCCAGAAAGAAGGUAAAGUCCAGCAGCUCUAAACCCAGUGAGAAGGAGGGCAAGCUCAGUGGUAGCAACUGUAACACCAGCAUGAGACAGUCUUCUAAAAAGAGUGGCUCAAAAUCAUCCAGCAAACCUCAUAAAAUAGUUUUUGGGAACGGCACCAAAACAGCAUUUCCAGAACAAGUUAUUGGCACAGAUCACCAUUCUCUUUACAAAUCCAAGUCUGUUUCUGCUGCCAAACAAAUACCGGACAAGAAAAAGCGAGUGCAUGUGUUCGGGAGCGGCAACCUAAUUCACAGCGUGAGCCCGUCCUCUGCAGCGGUGCCGGCCAGCCCCACGCUCAGUAGCUCGGCGGAAUCCAGCGAUCCCCUCAGCCUGUACGAGGACGCUGCAGCCAGCAACAAGGAAGGCAGCGAGUCUGCCUCCAGCGCCUCGGAAGACUACACCAGCAUGCGGGCCUCAUCUCCUACUCCGUCCGCUUCUCACUCCUCGUCCUCGUCCCAGUCCUCCUCUUCGGAUGAGGAGUUUGAGGAUGAUUUGUUGGACAUUAACCCGAGUCCCGGUUUUGACAGCAUGUCAUUGGGCAGCUUCGGCUCAUCAGUUUUGGACAGGGACUUGGAUUUUAAUUUUGAGUCGGGCUCCGGUUCUCACUUUGAGUUCCCCGACUACUGCACCCCUGAGGUGAGCGAGAUGAUUUCAGGAGACUGGCUAGAGUCGACCAUUUCUAACUUGGUGUUCACGUAUUGAGCGAAAGAACAAGACGACUUCAAGCAGGAAAUCUUGUCUCACCAUAAACUGAGCAAAAAAAAGGGAUUCCGGUAAAGUGAGUUUGUGUCAUGCCGUAGCCUCUGCCGAGGGUCUCUCCCGCCGAGAAAGAGACGGGAAGCCCUAGCGCUGACUGUUCAACUAAGCGAGAGAACAACUCGCUUUUUAUUUCAAGGAUCAACUGUGGACUGUUAUGAUAAGACAUGGCAACAAGAAAGCGUACGCUGAAGUAUUGCCUCGACGGAGAGGGGAAGAUGUGGUUGCGCCCUGAGUAGGAGUGAUCGAGUUCCUAUUGAAAGAAACACUCGAUCAGAACUGGAAAACUGUGAUUGAUUUGCACGAAUAUAACGAGGGCGGGCUUAGGUCGGCUAUACUUUAAUCAAUGUUACUUAAAAGGGACAUUUGAGAAACUUUUUAUGAUCGCCAAGUGAACUUCAUAAGACUUAAAGAGGUACAGAAAUAGGCUGGCUUGUCGGGCAGUUUUUUGUCAUCGAGAUGGAUUUAUGAACCAGGUGGGUUGACCUAUAAGUCAAACAUUUUUUUAAAAAAAGAUAAACGCAUGUUACCUGUCCACUCUUUUACUGAGAUGUAUGUAAGACUGUCGAACAGUUACAACUAGUGUUAGGGUUAUUUAAAUGGAUAGAUGGCGCUAUGUUUGAUUCCUUUCUACCUAAAAGGAACAAAAAAUCACCAGCUGUUUUAAUUCUUAACUUCAGGAUUCAAACGCAACUCGAAUCUGUGCUGAACUUUAUACACUUCUCUACGAUUCAGGACCAAAAUUAUUUUAUGUUUUUUCAGAUGUUAUGUAGGUUAUUGUAGAAAACCUCACCGAUUUUUUUCAUCCUCGAGUUUUCUUUUGUACAUUUAUUCAGAUGCCAUUUUUAUAUGAUGUAUUUAUAUACUGGCCAAAACAUUUUCGACGUAUUAUUUUAGUUUUCUUGUAAUGGUCUUGUCAUGUUAUUUCUGCACCGUCUGUUUCCUUCGCCGAAAGAAGGGCUAGAGUUGUAACUUUUGAUUUUUUAUAUUUAAAUGUAGACUUUUGACACUUAAAGAGAGGAAACGUUUGAUUAUUUUCUCAGUGUAUUUUUGUACAAAUAUCUAUCAAGGGGGUGUCAAUCGGUGUAUAUCGCUGUUUGGAUUUCCUAAUUUUAAGAACCAGGUGGUCGGUUAUCUCACAAAUCGGCCCUCUGUCCAUGUUUACAGUAUCAAUCUGCAGGUUUCUUAAAGACACAGUAUCACAUUAUUCAAUACCCCUGUAAACAUGUGCUUCAACACACCAAGUAUUUUGAGCAGCCACACUUCUGCAUUUCGUUUUAGAAUCUUGCCUAAUAAAGAAAGAUUGUAGCUUUAAAUAAAAAAAAAUAAAAAAAUCUUGGCGUUUUUUUAUAUUGACAUUCGGUUUUCAAACACUGGAUGUAAUAAUAUAAAAUCAUAAAAAGCAUAUUCAAAUUGCCGAUUUGAGUUCGCAACAACUAUGUACUGCGUAUCUCACUAUAUUUGAAUAUUUAAUCUUUUCUACUUGUUGGCUAACUAGCUAUAAUUGUUUUAGUAUCUUAUGGCAUGGUGAAUAGCAUUUGUAUUUCAGAUUCAGGUUAUAGCUGUUGUGUUUUUAAAAAUAUAAGAAAAUGAGGAAAACGUGAAAACAUCAUUGUACAUUUGACUGUAUCAUAAGCAAAAAGAUUGUGUGUUUAUGUAUGUUGUUAAGCUAUUCCAUGACAGGCACUAGAACCGCUAUCUUUAUACAGUACAUCCUUACUUACGUUUAAGGUGGUUGUUCAGGAUUUUUAUAUAUACAGUUUUAAAUAUAUUAACUUUAUUUUCAUCCCAUUCUGUGCAAUAUGCUGUGUUUAGAUUAUUGUUUUGUCUAAUCAUACCAUAACAAAAUUUUUGAGGGGGAAACUCAUGCCAGCUAAUCGUGUCAAUUCACUGCCUGUCAGAUUGUUGAGAUACUUCUGUACAUAACUUUUUCAAGAAGGAAAUAAAAAUCAGCUGGAACUGAAA